CUCGAUGCAGUUGCUAGCGCUUUAUUUUUAGGUUUAUUUUUUAAUUCAAUGAAUCAGUCAGCUUUUAAAAAAAAUUAAUAAACAAAUUUGCCGCUUCGCCCAUUUUGUUUGCUGUUUGGAGCCUGUGGUUUUAUUUUCCUUUCCCUUCCCUUGUUUACUCAGGCAGUGGCGGUAUCAUUCCGCUAGUCUGGCGAGGCGAGGGAAGCGCCUCCUCGCUCGCUCGCUGGCUCUCCAGUCUCUCUCACACAAUGUGAGUGCGGCUCGGUGCACGGAGCCAGCAGACAGCGGACACCGCGCCGAGCGCCGCCUGCCCCUGCCCGCCUGUCGCAGACCCCAGCUGUGGAUGGCCGCGGACGAUAUCGCCAGCCCGAUUCCUGCUGCCACCGGGCACCUUUCGCCAAGUUUCAGCGGCGUCUGUUUCUCCUGAAGACUUUUGUGUGUGAGAGAGCUGGUGUAUGUGUGUGUGUGUGUUGUUGUGUCUUUCUCUCUCUCUCUGUCUCCCCCCACCCCCUCUCUUACCCUCACAUAUCCCCCCUCUCCAGUAGUUUUUCUUUGGUCCCUCCGUUGGUCGGAGCGGAGAGGGGAUUGUGUGAGUGAAGAGGGAGAUCCGAACGUAUCUGUGUCUGUUCGCCUGUAUGAGAAAGAGAAAGUAUCCGUGGGAGCAUUGAAGGAGUCGGUGUCACCAUUGCGAUCGUCUGAAGGAAUAUUACCAUAAAACAGAGAAAAUGGGUUUCAGUCAUCUCGAAGGAAGUGCAGUAAAGCGUCCGAAGUGGGUUUGUUGAGAUUUUGAUUUAAUUCAAACAAAGCAAAGAAGAACCCAAUACUUUUUAUACAAACAUUGCAAUUUAUUCGAGGCUCAAAACAAGAAAAAAAAGGGAAGAAACUUGCCAACAUAGUGCAGGGGGAGGUUAGGAUGGGGGAUUACAACAUGCCCCCAAACCCGAAGCAUAGCGCAAUCGUGGAGAGGUUGAGGCAGAGGAUUGAGCUGUGCCGCCGGCACCACGCAGUUUGCCAGGUCCGUUACGAGCAGAACCAGCCGCAGCGCAUCGAGCAGGAGCGAAGGAACAAACUCGCUCUGCACCAGAAGUACCUGGACACACGUAGCAAGAAGACUCCCAAAGCCAAGCAGCAGCAGCAUCACGAGAGCAGCCGGGCCCCCAAAAACUGCGAUAGCGAACAGCCCCCGGGACCUAACUCAUCCAACGAACACAGGAAUCUCACCCUGAUCGCUUUGCAGGGCUCUAUCAAGAGAAAGCUGGAAGGAAAUGCUUCACCCGUCAGCAACGAGAGACCAAAUGGCAUUUCUGAUGGGGCUUUCCAAAUGGAUAUUAAGAGAAUAAGAGUGGAUGAAGGUAGUCUUACGAUUGGUCAAAGUGGACACCAGCUCAGUAAUGGACAAGGUCAAACCCUGCAGGGUUCAGUCACAAUGGGACCCGGAACUCCAGGAAAAGAUGGGAGCUUGAUUGGAGCCACCCAGGCCAAUGGUGGUGAUGCCAGUUCUGGCUUCAGCUUGCCGCUCAAUAAGGAGAUGAAACAGGAGCCAGUGGAGAGUGUUUCAUGCAGUGAGCAUUUGAACAACCAAAUCUCUAACAACAACAUGCUAUUUGAAUCCAAAGACGAUCUAGGAAUGCAGCUGCUGGAUCCAGAUUUGCAGGAUUUAUUUGAUGAAUUGACAAACAUGUCUGGAGUUCCCCCACUGAGCGAUAUUGACCUGGACAAUAUGUUAAACCCCAGCAUUAGAAAUGAAGAAUCAUUCAACAUUGACAUCGGUCAGCAAAACCAGAACAGUACACCAAAGCCGCAUUCACAGUUGGAUAAUCCAACGGUAAAAACUGAAUACUCACCUGGUUUUACCCAGGCAUCAGUUGGAUCACCCCAAAUGCGGCCUCCUUCCACAGGGCCCCCCUAUUCUAUGGCAAAUACAGCCAUGUCUGUUCCUUCGCCCAUCUCCUCUGCAGCUCAAAGUCAAAACCAACCGCAGCAAUCUUUACCUUCCGCACCAAACAGAGGCCUUUCCAACUGGCAUGACCUGUCUCAUGCACAGCAGCUGAAGAAGAUCGCCGAUAAUCGGCAGCAGCACGCUCUGCUGCAGCACCAGCAGCAGAAUCAGGCAGCUAGUUGGCCGCCUGCUCCACAAUCAGGCCCUUCGUCGGGCAGUUUUGGCCAGGAAAAAAUUCCCAGCCCAUCCCUCCACCAGCAGCCUUUCAGCUCCCCAAAUUCUCUGCUCACUGGGGUGUCCACCAACAGUAGUCAGACAAAAAACAUGAAUAACUGCCUCUACAAGACUCCAACCGCAACGCAGACUGGGCACAUGGACAUGAUAAUGCACCAGCAGCAACAACGGACCCACAGUAUAAGUCGCAGCUUAAUGAACACCAAUUCUGCAUCACCAGACCAAUUGUCGUACAGUAACACCAAGCCUUUAUCACAUUUUGAUCCGGAGCCAGGGCAGAUCCCUUCAAUUCUGGGUACUCAGGCCAAGCCUUCUGUUCUGCAUUAUACACAGCAGCAGCAGCCAUCAGCACCGGUACAGCAGCAACCUGGUCACCUGCAGAGUCCAGCGGUCCAGCGAGCACAGAUACCAAUUGCAAUGCAACAAAAGAUGCUGCUGCAGAAGAUGCAGCAGAGCCAACAGCCUUCAGCACUGCAGUACACUCUGUCCCAACAUCGACAGGAUCAGAAUUCUGUGGUGGGCCCAAGCCCAGGCCCAGGCCCAAGCCAAACUCCUAAUACCUGUCCAAACCCAAAUCCUGGCAAUAACUACAUUAACAACGCACACCAGGCUGUGUUAAAGCAACAGCUGAUGGAGAAGAAACAGGCCAUACAGAGGCAGAUGAUGGAACAUCAGAAAAUGCUCUUUCGGCAACAAAUCUUGGUAGACACGGAGAAAAUGAACACGCAGGAACAGCUUAACAGGCACUUGACAAGGCCGCCUCCAGAUUAUAAAGAGCAAAGGCGAAAUAUAGUUGGAAUCCCACAGCCAAGUCAAUAUCCAGGUGCUGCUCCAGCAAUGGGAUUGACAGUGUCUCAGGCCUUACCAAAUUCUGCUCCAAAUCACCGUGUGAUCCCUCCAAACUCAAACCUUUUACAAGUGAAUUCGCCGGGCAACCAGGGACCUAGGAUGCCUCCUAUUUCUGGAACUCAAAGUGACAGAACUAUAGGAAUGUAUGGAAGUGUGUCGGCUUCCCAGCAGGCAGCGUACACAGUUUCAUCGAGCGUUAAUCAACUGCAACAUCACACAAGCCAAAGUCCAAUGGGAAUAACCCAGAACAAUGUAAUGAUACCAAGGCAGCCAGCGUUAGGUCAAGGGACCACAAUGUCAGGGUUUGGCACUGCGUCUGUUGGGAGUUCUGCCAUUUCUCAGCAGCAGAUGAGACCCGUUUUGAACCAUAUUAGCAGCAGUAUGUCAGCACAGACGCAAAGACUAACAAACAUGAUGACCAAUUCCAAUCUGGCACCGCAGAACUGGACUCCCCCAGGGGCACAGGUGACUCCAAAACAGGCACAAAUGGGACCCAAUGUAAAAUUCCCUAAUAACCCUCCUUUUCCCAACCAGUCUGUACAGCCUAAUAUGUCCAAUCAACACUUUUCUCAGCGAGGUAUGGCACCACCAAACCAGAUAACUCCCGGAGUUCAGAUACGACCUUUGGCACAAAUGAACCAAGGUAUGAGUGGACAGGCAGUAGGUUCACUGGGUGGGCCAACUCCAAGAGCUAAUCAGCCUAGACCACAACCACAAGCUAUGGCUGUAAUGAGCCAAUCAGCAGCAAGCAUGGCUGUGAUAAGCCAAUCAGCAGCAAGCAUGGCUGUGAUAAGCCAGGCACCUUCAGUGCAAACGUUGCCUACAACCAAUUUCUCAUCCACCAAUCAGCCCCCUCGAAGUUACCAGGGAACAAAUCAUAACAGUGACUUGCCAUUUGACUUUCUCAACCAACAAGGUGACAGUGCACUGCCAGGACUCAGCAGUGACUCGGAUUUCCUUGACUCAUUGAUAAAAAGUAGCAACGAUGACUGGAUGAAGGACUUAAAUCUGGAUGAGAUCUUGGGGCAGCAUUCAUGAAGAAGCCAGAGGAUUGUAAAUGUUAUCCAUCGGUUGGAGAGGCACUCAUGGACAAAAUUUAUCUGUGCCUAUAGCCAACUGACAAGGAGCCUCACAGUAAAUCGCAGGAGUGCACAAUUGUGCCCGAUUAGAUAUUGGUUGCCCAAUGGAUAACUAGUUAAAAACAUAUUCUCCCUACCACAUGUACAUUACUGGGCUCAAAAUGCAUAGAUUUUAUGUGCUUAAAGAAAGGUUUUGUAAGAUAUGUUUUUUUACUGAAAAUCAUAUUCUCUGUAAGAAGAUUAUAUUUAUACUUUUUUCUGAGAAAAGUUCUGUGAAUCAUUGUAGUGCAACAUUUUUACUUACUGAAAUUAAAUUGUACAUGUUUGUAUUCUGUCAUAGUUUUAAAUUAACUUACAUGUUAGAUCAGCAGUCUACUUACUACCAGUUUCAAAUGCAUACAGUAGUUUGCUUUUAAAGUGUUUUACAGUAUAGUUAUUGUUUUAUAAAUGACCUGUUCUACUUUCAUUGAUUUUGUUACAGUCCCAACAGAGUACUUUAUCUUCACUUACAGUACAUUUAUCCAUUGUGAACUUCUGUGGCAAACCUCCUGAAACUAUUAGUUUUAUUGAUAAACAGCAUUAUCAUUCAGCUACUCCAGCUUCCUAGUAAGUAAACAUAUCAUUUCUUUGUCACUGUAUGUUUCCACCUUACAGUGAAGAAAAAUGUGUUUGUCAACUCGAGUAUUUUUCAGGCAGAACUAUGUUAAAGUGUUCAGAAACUCAGAGUGCAGCAUUUACCAACAUCACAAUAAGUCUUUAAACUUCCAUGUAUAAUUCUGGAGAGAAUUCCAGUCUGCCUGUUGCACGUUGUUUGAACUUCUUCGCCUUUUUGUGUGGUUUUGUGGUGAAGCAGCCCCUUUGGGAAAUGCACGUUCCUUAAGAUUUUCAUUUCAGCAGUGCACCUCCAAAGAACCAAAUGCUAUUAUUUAUUCUUAGACUGCUUCUCAGGUUGAAUGCUCAUUGUGGACGGAAGAUGCAUUGGAGAGCCACUAUUGGAAAAUGGUUAUGAGUUGCUCAAAUUGUUUUGCAGAUCUAUGACUCAUUUUUCUACCUUAGGUUAAUUCCUGAUAAAAUAUUAGGAAUGGUACUAAUGCAAAUUAAUCCUAUAAAAACAAGUUUCAAUUCAACUUGUGUAUUUUCAGGGACAUUAUAAUUAUUUGUUAAUGAACGUUCUGUUUACAACAGAUAACUUAGCCAUCGGAAAUAAUCAGCGUGCAAGGAAAGGCAGGGCUACACAAACAGAUUGAGGCAUCCUUCAUAUUAGUAAGUCUAGCAGCAUGACUACUCAUUGCAGAAGUUCAAUCAAAAAUUAAAAUAGGUUGGUAACAUUAACUUUAAGCAUCAGUCACAUUUUUAUGCCCUAAGGAUUCAGAAUCAUGAAGAAAUCAAACUUUUUUUGCAAUCUAGGCCAUAAUAUUAGACCUCACAAGAUAUAUCUGAUAUUGACUAGGUACAUGAUGGAAGCCUGUGUGUGCCAUCUUCUGUCACAGUCCAAUGGCAAAGGUGGGAAAUUUCAGGAUUGUAACAUAUUAAGAAAUUGCUUAUGUAACCAAUGUACUGUAUGUUUAAUAUUUUUGAUUGCAUUUAUACAUAACGACUGGGUCAGAAACAAAGAAUUGUCAUUUUCAUUCUGCAUUUCUUGGUAUCAAAAUCUGGAGUGAAUAGCAUAAAUAAAAACCAUACAUUUCAAGCUGAAUUAGUUGAUUGUGAGCACUUCACUUUUGGAGCAGUCUGAAAAUAAAUAGGAUCACCUAACUAUUCAGCAUUGCUAGGCCAGUUUGCAUCUGUGUGAAUCAGAUACAGGUUUUGGUUUUAAGUUUUAAUAUUAACAUUAAACCCUGGCAGUUAGUAAGUCUUUCUUCAGUUUCAGCUGAGUGUAUAAUGAUGUCGGAAAUUUACUUCAUGCCACAAAGUUGACUUGCAAACUGAAACAAUCAAUGAUAACGACAGAACCAAUUCCUUUAGAUAUGCAUACCAUGAAAAAUGGUACUUUUGUAUCAUAGAUUUUGUAAAAGUUCUAUUGAAACAAUAUUAUUAUACUGCAUUUUGUAUUUUAUUGUAAUACAAUAUCUUUCUUGAAGUAUUUCCAAAUACACUACUGCAGAUGCAACAAUUUGUCAGAAAACUGCUGUGAUUUAUUUGUUGUUGUAAUUAAACAAUAAACGU